AUGUCACUAAUAUGUUCCAUAUCAGGAGAAAUCACUAAAAAUCCGAUAGUAUCACCUAAAUCAGGAGCAUUAUUUGAAAAGAAAUAUAUUGAAAAAUAUGUACAAACAACCGGAUCAGAUCCAAUAAAUAAUAAACCAUUAACCAUUGAAGAAUUAAUACCAUUAAAUUUAACACAGAAUACAUCUCAAGUUUCUUCAGUACCGCCAUCAGUAUCAAUUACGUCAAUUCCUAAUUUGUUAUCAACAUUACAAAAUGAAUAUGAUUCGAUGGUUUUGGAAAUCUUCACAUUGCGAAAAAACUUACAACUGUUAAAAUUGGAACUAAGUUCAAGCUUGUAUAAAGUUGACGCAGCUGUUAAUGUUGCAUCUCGAGCAUUAAGAGAAAGAAAUGAAGCAAGAGAAGCAUUGGAAAAACUUAUCUCCUCAAUAGAAAAAAAUAAUGAAAGACUAGAUAAUGAAGAAGAGAAAGUAAAACAAUCAGAUGAGAAAGUAGAAAAUGUCAAAGAUUCUAAUGGUAAAGAUGAACCAAAACAAGUUGUCAUUGAAGAUAUAGAAUCAGCGAGAGAAAAAUUAUUUCAAUUACACAAGUCACAGAAAGCUAAGUUUCCAUACAAUAAAUCAAGUUCAUUCCAAUUGGAAAAAACUGAUGAUCACAAACAAAUCUUUAAAGACAACAAAAAGCUCUCCAUCACCUACAACUACUCAACAAAACAAUUAAUAGCAUUCAACUCCAAAAAAGUUUUCACCCAAGAUAUUGAAACGAAUGAACUAAAAGAAUGGGAUCCACAACUAUCUAAUAUAUCUCAUGCCACGAUCAACAACAAUGGAAUACUACUAGCAGCUACAAAAUUGAAAUUAAAGUUUUCAAAUAACGAUACAAUCACUGUUAAAAGUCAUAUACAAUCAGUCGUAUGUCAUCCUUCCUUAAAUUUAUUUGUAUUGAUUGACAAAAAUCAUAUAAAUUUAACAAAUACCAAACAAAUUUUAAAGACAUACGACUAUAUCAAUGUAAAGAAAUCAGAUAUACAUGUUGAUGGAGAAUUAUUUGCAGCUUACGAUGAAAAAGAAAUCAAAAUUAUAAGUUUAGUCAAUGGAGAAGAAUUGACUCAAUUUCAACCAACUUACAAAAAUGUUAUUGAACUAAAAUUUGCAUUAAAUGGAUACUGGUUUCUAAUUUUAUCAAAUAAUAAUAACAAAAGUAGUUUACAAAUAAUCGAUCUUAGAAAAAAUGAAGAAUUCAGUAAAAUAGAAGUUGACGAUAUAAUUGGUGAUAUUUCUAUUGAUUUAACAUCGAACAUUAUAAUUUUGAAACAAGAUACUUCAUAUUUAUACUCAAUUUAUGAUAAAAAGCUUAAAAAAUGGAGUGAUCCUAAAGAAUUACUCGAAAUCGAAAAUGAUGAACAAUUAUACAAUUACUCAACAUAUGAUGACUUAAUAAAAGAUGGUUAUUUAAAAGUAGUAUCCUUCAAUUUAAAUGAUUUAGCAAUAUAUAAAUUAAUAGAUAAAAUAUAG